AUGGAGUAUCAGCCAGCACCGACACCAUCUUACACGGCCCCAGCCUCUGUCCCGGCUCCAGUUCCGGCAUCAAUGCCUCCGGAUUCUAGGUUGGAGCGCCCAGUCUCUACCCCUUUUGCGGGAACGGACAUCCGAUCAAUAAAAACCGCCUGUGAGUUCUCGCUGGGCGAGUAUCUCACCCUGCAAAAGAGACGGCGAUAUGACGACCCGGCUAGUGGACAUCGUCUCCAUACGCAGCAAGGCAUCGUUAUGAGUGAUCUGCAGGCAUUGCGUAGCGAGGUGUCGGACCUAGUCAGGACGACCGAGUCUCACAGAUGGCGUCGAUGGAUCCUGGGUGGUCUCGCCGCGUCUCUCAUCCCCGCCGUCCGUAGAAUAUUUCGUCGUUCGUCAAAAGACAACGAGGCCAACGACACCGAGUAUGCCUUCAAAAGAAGUAAGUCGCUUGUUGGGCGUAUCCUGGAUUCCGUGCGUGGCAAAAGCAAGUUAGCAUCAGUGGCCUUCUUUGUAUUAGCUAUCCUGUACGUGUUUCAGAGCGAGGUGUCUUUGCGAGUUGCUCGAACGGUGUCUAAGCGACUUAAGCGGCUCAUCGCCAAGGUUGAGAGAGGUGACCAAGGCCUCGGGGAUGACGACAUGAAAGUCCUUAAAGGCUGGCGUUGGCGAGUGCUUCUGUGGUAGUAGUCGUUUAGCCCUAGGUCUGCGGAGACCGUACCCAUGUUAUGUUAAGAAUUACAAUGUGAUAUACAUAUAUCUUACAGUUCUUUUUAUCUCAGCUUCACGACUUGAUCCCUUGGGCCCCGGGAACGAACGCCCAUUGCCGUCAUCAUAAUACGUUACCCAAGUAUACCCAUAUGCGUCUCCCUGUUGCAGGAAGAAAUCAUAGAAUUCGUCCUGACCUUUUCGGAACCACACCUUCUUCCUAUCACUCGACCGAGCACUCCAUCCUAAUAGAAAGCUCCGGACCGUAUCCAUAAAGGUAUAUGUCGAAGGAAAUAUUCCUUGAAAUACCACACAUCUAAAUUCCCUACAAGGACCUCCCGUGUCUUACAUGUCG